GCAUCUAGAGCUCUAAUCUUGUUCUAUCAAAAGGCACUGGAAAGUGGCGAUCAAGUGACAGCCAUGACCAUGCACGCGGAGAUCGAAGUAUUCAAGAUGGCAUUUACAUCCCUCUCAGCGCGUUUUUCUAUGGGUUCUCGACACCUCACCAUGGUGGAGAAGCUCAUGCAACAUGUCGAAAAAGACACCCUCGGCCAUCAAGUGUUUAACGAAGAUUUCUCCUUCCUGCCGCCCGCUCAUCUUUCUUCCGAGUCUGUGCCUGGCUUCGUGUCUGACCUCGGUCAAAUGGGGUUACCAGACACCCAUCCUGACAGUAUGAUGAUCUUUGAGCUCGAAAAAGCUGCAGCCCUGGGACGACAUCGACCUGGAUUUAGCUCGCAUGUUAUGAUGGAUCAAAAGAGAGGAUAUGCGGGAGGAUUGAAUUCACGGUCCAACUCCACUGCUGGAUCUACUGGGCCAAGUCCCAAUGAUCCCUCGCGAUGGUUGGAUAUAAGUAAAAGUCAGCAAGAGGCAAGUCUUACUCUCUUGAGCUCGGAGAAUGUUGGCGGUAACGGAGGAUCGGCGGCUGACUCCCCGAGCGUGAGAGGGCAGCGGAUUGGAACCUUGGGAGUUAUGAGUAAAGCGGAAGUUGGAAAUUGAGGGGCCCGAACUUGUCCUUUCAAAGGAUUAUACACAAUCAUAAUAUGCUCGGCAUGCGGGCACAGCGCACAACGGUCCUCCCGCGCCCGUGUUCGGCAGCUUAUGGCUUGCAAACAGCGGGCAAUGGGCGAACGAAAGGGCGGAAAGAGCACGGGUCAGAGACGCCAGGCGCCAGGUGUCAGGAGGAUUCAGGAUGUUUGCUGUUUGCUCAGUGCGGAUGUGCAGUAUUACAGUUUUGAGGGUACCUCACCUGCUGUUUAUCUCCAUCCCUAUACCAUGGCUACUAUGUAUUUUCUA